AUGACCCUCCGGCGCCUCAGGAAGCUGCAGCAGAAGGAGGAGGCGCCCGCGCCGGACCCCGCCGCCCGCGCCCCGGCCGCGGCCCCGGGCCCCCCCGCCGCGGCCGCCGGCCCCGGCGCCCCCGCGGACGAGCUGUACGCGGCGCUGGAGGACUACCACCCCGCGGAGCUGUACCGCGCGCUCGCCGUCUCGGGGGGCACCCUGCCCCGCCGGAAGGGCUCAGGAUUCCGCUGGAAGAACCUCAGCCAGAGCCCAGAACAGCAGCGGAAAGUGUUGACUUUGGAGAAGGAGGAAAACCAGACCUUUGGCUUUGAGAUUCAGACCUAUGGCCUUCACCACCGGGAGGAGCAGCGUGUGGAGAUGGUGACUUUCGUCUGCCGAGUUCAUGAGUCCAGCCCUGCCCAGCUGGCCGGGCUGACGCCAGGGGACACCAUUGCCAGUGUCAACGGCCUGAACGUGGAAGGCAUUCGGCACCGAGAGAUUGUUGACAUUAUUAAGGCAUCCGGCAAUGUCCUCAGACUGGAAACUCUGUACGGGACAUCAAUUCGGAAGGCAGAACUGGAGGCGCGGCUACAGUACCUUAAGCAAACCCUGUAUGAGAAGUGGGGAGAAUAUAGGUCCCUAAUGGUGCAGGAGCAGCGGCUGGUGCAUGGCCUCGUGGUGAAGGACCCCAGCAUCUACGACACGCUGGAGUCCGUGCGCUCCUGCCUGUACGGCGCGGGGCUGCUCCCCGGCUCGCUGCCCUUCGGGCCCCUGCUCGCCGCGCCCGGGGGUCCCCGCGGGGGCGCGCGGCGGGGCGGGGGCGACGCCGACGACGCCGUCUACCACACGUGCUUCUUUCGGGGCGCAGAGCCGCCCGCGCUGCCGCCCCUGCCGCCCCCCGCGCGCGCGCCCGGCCCGCGCCCCGCCGACGCCCCCGCGCCCGCCCCCCGGGCCGCGCUGAGCCGCAGCGCCAGUGUGCGCUGCGCGGGCCCGGGGGGCGGCGGCGCGCCCGGCGCGCUCUGGACUGAGGCCCGCGAGCAGGCGCUGUGCGCCCCCGGCCUGCGCAAGACCAAGUACCGCAGCUUCCGCCGGCGGCUGCUCAAGUUCAUCCCCGGACUCAACCGCUCCCUGGAGGAGGAGGAGAGCCAGCUGUAGGGGCGCGGGGCGGGGCGGGGCAGGUAUUUAUUUAUUUAUUCUUCCCACCAGGG